UGUUUCAAAGUGCCUUCUUGAGGUGAUAUAGAUUAUCAUGUUACAUGAUAAAUAAUGAUGUGAUUAUGAAUUCGGAAAUAUUUUCCAUUAAAAUCUGGAAACGUUUUCUAAAAAAUUCUGGACUACGAAUUUUUACCGGUUUAUGGAAUACGAUUGAUUAUGAUUGUGGAUUCAUUCCUGUAAUGGAAUACACACUGUCCGUCAAAGCCAUUUGUGCUUGAGGUGUGGAAGUGAAAAAGUUCAUUAUUUCUGAAUACCCACUUUUUGUUGUGGACCACACAGCCAGGUUGCAAUCAACAAGGAAAAACUCGAUAAACAACUUGUGAUUGGUACCCCCCGGCCGAUCAGAUUUACCGCUUGACGCCUGUCAAAAAAACUUUGGCAUCAAUUUUUUUUAUCUAUAUACAGUAUACGACAUGGCCAACUACAGUGAUGUGGGGUUCAAUUUCACGCAGUCUCUCUUCGAUAGUCACAUGAGCGUCAACAAAUACAACCAAUCACAUGAUAAGGGCCCGUUGUGGUGGGAGUACGUGCCGGGAUUAACCAAUCCGACCGUUAAUGGCUCCGUUGUGUUUUAUUCCAUCUGUUAUCCUUUUCUUCUGCUGCUAUGCACGGUUGGCUCGACGCUCAAUCUCAUUCUGCUCACGCAUCCCAAGGUCAGGAAGAACACCACCAACUGCUACAUGACGGCCAUGGCCAUCGGGGAUCUUGUCUUCUUAUGGGCUGAUUUGCUAAAAUAUGUGGCGCUUGUGUGCCAUGCUAUGGGACAUCCGUUCGACCGGAGUACGGGUCGGCAGAUAUACCCGUAUAUGGUUUUUGCCAAGCACUGGAGCAUGAUCUUCACGGAUUGGGUCCUGUUUGUGUUUUCCUGGAACGCCUGCUUGCCGUACUCAUGCCGUUUCGGGUGAAAUGGCUGCUCCGCCCCUUGACAGCGCGCAUCAUCAUUGUCGUGCUCUUCGUAGUCGCCGGGGUGUUUGCGGCGGAACGUUUUGCCGUGGAAUAUGUGCGAACCUUGAAAAUUGGCUGGCCGCAAUGGCUACUCCACUGGAACGAAGUGGAGAAUUUUGCCGGGCUGCUUGUGGCCUUUGGACUCUUCUUUUUCGGCAUCCUAAUCAUCGACAUCAUCCUGGUCACGGCGAUAAAACUCCAGGAACGCUCCGCCAUGGGUCAAAUCCGGCAAGCCCAAAAGGUGCGCUGCAACGUCCACCAAAACAGCAACAUCAUAUUAAUGGCGGAUGCGGCGUUGUUCCUCUUCGCGGCAUUUCCAACGAUCGUCCUUAACUGCCUGAUCGAGGCCAGUAUCCACGGCAUGUACCAUCUGGAUCCCCAUGCGCAUCUGGUCGCCGACCCCAUCUGUGACGUCUUCCACCAGUGCAAUUACGCACUGCCCUUCUACUUGUACCUCUUAAUUUCCAAAAAGUACCGCGAAGAUUUUGUCAUGGUCUUCGGACCGAUGCGGUGCACGGUAUGGGGCAAAGGGACGGUGGAACAGCGUGAAGCGGGUCGCAUCACGUUGGCACAAACGGAUGGCCAAGACCAAAGUGCUGCCCAAUACGAUUGCGGUGAUCGCUACCGAAGCAGCCAACCACAAUCAUCGUCGAAAAUCCAGUAGAUUGCAUGACAUCCAGUCGGCUCGCGCUAAUCUGGAAUUGAAGCGCGAUUCUAUAGGCACGGUGUCUUCCUAUUCGUUGGACGAAGAGUCCAGUAGCGAUGGGAAUGAUAUUCGCAUGGAAAGUGUACCGAGCGUUACAGUCCUGAAAACUGUAGCGAAACGCACGACGACGGCCGAUUCGACCCAGUCAAACGGGUCGGUGGUGCUACAUGCGAUAGGAUCGGGAAAGUCAAACGAUACCCAAAACUCGGACUUGUAGAUAUCGAAGCUACGUAUUAGAAGUAGCAUAGAACGUAUUUUUGUUCUAAAAUCGGCAAUUAUGUCACUACAAAUUUAAAUUGUAGCGAAGUUCUUUGGCAUUUAUUUUUUGUUGUUGCAGUCGAGAUAUGCAGUGCCCCAGUCGCAGAACGCAAGACUGGAUCUUUAUGUAUUUUAAACUUUCUGUGCAUCUGACAGUAUUGGGCUGGAAAUACGCACUGAUCCGCAGAUGAAGCGGACCGCUGAAAAAUUAAUGGGUUCUUGCACUAAUUUUAGCAUUUUCUUGACGAUCUGGUGGUGUAUUUCCAAAAGUUGUUUAUUGUUGUAUGCGCCCAUUUGUACAAAAUAAAA